GCGACGUGGAGGCUCCGUGCCUGGCGCUGAGCCGGCCAUGCGCGAUGCCGCCAGGCCUGGGCUCGACAUACCGGUGGCGCUCGGGGGCGCCCAGCGGGUCCCCGCCGCCUGGCACGGGCCUUGGGCCGCGGUGGCCGGCUCGCCCGUGGGCACAGAGGCGAUCGCAGGCGCGGCGGGCGUGGCGGUGCAGCUCAAGGUUGUGCCCUCUGGUGCGGGCUGCGCGAGAACGGCAGACGCUGGGGCCGUCGAGGGCCUGCCGUGCCAGGGGGCUGCCUGCCUGGGCACACCGCUGGACACCGCCAGGCUGCCCGGCCUGUUCGACCUCUGCCUUUGCGCUGGCGCCGAGCCGUGCGCUGGGUGGUACGAGCUCGGCGGGCUUGACGUCACCGGGCCAGAGCCCCUCGAGCGCGACGCCGAGCUCCUGCCGGGAGAGCCCCGCUGUCCCUGGUGCUCUCCGGGCGGGGCCUGGGCGACCUUAACCGCGUGGCGCUCGUGGAUCCUGGCGGCGCCAGCGGCGCCGCCCAGUGCCAGGGUGCGGCGGCCGCGAGUGGCCUGCGGAGCCCAGCGGCGUCCCACCACGGCGGCACCUCGCAAGUCUUCGAGGUGCAGCUGCCCGAGGAUCUGGCGACCUAUGCUGUCUGCUGGAUGGCCUCCGAGGAGAUAG